AUGAGUAAUGCCAGCAUGAUCCCGUUCUGCGGCCUCAUCACCAACGCCAUUCUCCUCGUCUGCGGCUACCUCUCCUUCAAGGCGCUCGAGUCCGAGGCGGGCGACGACGACACCAAAUGGCUGACUUUCUGGUUUGUGUACUCGCUCCUGGCUUUCAUCGAGUCCAUCGCUGACUACGUCCUAUUCAUCAUCCCCUUCUACAACGAGAUCAAGCUCGGAGCCGUCGUCUUCCUGGCUCUCGGCGGAGCAAAGCUGGUCUACAAGAUGCUGCGGCCAAUCCUGCUCAAGCACCAGGCGGCCAUCGACGACAGCCUCGGCGGCGUCAUGGACAAGGUGAAGGACGCAGGCGGGGCUGCUAUGUCCGCUGCGCAAUCAGCCGCGAUGGGGAAGAAGGAUUAG